AUGAACCUCGAUGAGUCUGAGGACGACACGAACCUCGAUGAGUCUGAGGACGACACGAACCUCGAUGAGUCUGAGGACGAUACGAACCUCGAUGAGUCUGAGGACGACAUGAACCCCCAUGAGUCUGAGGACGACAUGAACCCCCAUGUAGAUCAGAAGCUGGAUGAGCUGAGACACGAACCCGAUGAGUCUGAGGAUCAGAAGAAGCUGGAUGUGUCUGAGGACAACACAAUCGUCCCUAUGUUUGAGGUUGACACCAACCUCAGUGUCUCUGAGGACAACACAGAGCCAAUGAAGCCUCCAACAAUCAUCACACCCAAACUGCAGACUGAAUCUGCACAACUCUCAUACAGGUUCAGGUGUCCUGGUCCAGGUGCGUUCCAGUGUAAGUCAACUGGACUGGUGUUUGUUGUGGACCAGGAGGCAGAGCUUCUCUACAGGAUGGUCCAGUGGGAUGAGAGCCUCCUCCAAUCAGCUGGCAAGACACCUGCAGGGCCUCUGUUCAAUAUCCAGUGUCCUGAGGCUGCUGUCUGUGAGCUCCACCUCCCACACUGUGAAACUAAUGAAACUCUGCUCUAUGAAGGCCUGCUGUCAGUGGUCCAUGUCACUGAUGAUGGAAUGAGCAUCUUGGAGCCACUGAAGAUCACAGACACUCAUGUGAUUAUCAAAGUCCCUCAUCUCUCAUCUUUUGGCCUGGUCUGGUCUUUGAAUAUGUUAUGGAACCUAUGGAGCAACAGGAAACCAGUUAGCAGCCAAGUUUUGCUGUUCCUCCAACCAUCAAAUCCAAACGCACAGAAGCAAAACCUCAAUGUGCAUCUACUGCCAAGUUACAUAACCCUGGAAAUGGUGAAGGCAAAACUGGACAACUGUGUGUACAUCUGCGCACCCUCCAACUGCAAACUCAUCACAAACCAAAGUUACACUGCUCACUGUGGGGAGGCCUGUAAAAUACAGCCUAAAAGAGCAGAGUUUGACCUGGAUCUUGGACCAAAUUACCAUCCAACGUUUGAGAUCCGACUGCCUACAAACAUAGAGGAAGCGACUAUAACGGUCCGAGACCAAACAAAUACAGAUGUCUGGGAGCAUGAAGUUUAUCUGUCUGGUCCAAGAAGGGAAACUCCUCAGGGAAGCGUCCCGUCAGUGGGCAGCAUCCCAUCAAUGGACAGCGUUCCAUCAAUGGGCAGCGUCCCUUCAAUGGGCAGUGUCCCUUCAAUGGACAUCGUCCCAUCAAUGGACAGCGUCCCAUCAAUGGGCAGCGUCCCAUCAAUGGACAAGCGUCCCUAUCAGACAAUAACUACACAGCAGAGGAGAGGCUGA